GUUAACACUACAUGAUUACCUUAUUUCAUUCUCACAACUAACAAAACAUGAGAGAGUACCAAAUACCUAUCAUCGAUACAACUGUAACUGUCGAUUGGGAAAAUUUCCCGUGUUUCGCCGCGAAUAGCCUCCUCUAAAAUUUUGUUGUUUUGUGAAUGUGAGAUACAAGUUAAUUUUUAGUUUAUUUUUUGGAAAUAAACUACCUUUUAUUUAUUUUGUUCUUUUAAAAUUCAGUGUAAACAUUUAAUUAAAUUUUUGAAAGUAAUAAUAUUUAUGUUAAUCUUAUAUCUCGUUUAUAACAAUAGAGAUAGUUGUUAAUCACAAUGGCCAAAGUACAACUAUCAAAUGUAGUUGUCUUAGAUAAUCCAUCUCCAUUUUUAAAUCCAUUUCAGUUUGAAUUAACUUUUGAAUGCAUUGAAGAUUUAAAUGAAGAUUUGGAAUGGAAAAUGAUAUAUGUUGGUUCUGCUGAAAGUGAAGAACAUGAUCAAAUUUUAGAUACCAUUUAUGUUGGACCUGUCCCAGAAGGGAGACAUAUGUUUGUGUUUGAAGCAAAUCCUCCUGAUGUAUCUAAGAUACCAGUUCAAGAUGCUGUUGGAGUAACUGUUGUAUUAUUAACGUGCUGUUAUCGUAAUCAAGAGUUUGUUAGAGUAGGUUAUUUUAUAAACAAUGAGUAUACUGAUCCUGAGUUGCAAGAAAAUCCACCAGCUACUCCACUAUUUGAUAAGAUGACAAGAAAUAUUUUGGGAACUGAGCCUAGAGUUACGAGAUUUAAAAUUAAUUGGGAUGAUUCUGAGCAGCAACAAUCAACUAGCAAUGGAAUUCAGGCCAAUCAAGAUAAUGAGGACUCAAACAUUCAAGAAAUGGAUGAUGAAGUAUCUACAAUGUUGUCAUCGCAUGCUGAAAGUAGCCUUAGCCAAAGUCCAAUGGAAGUAUUAUAAACCUGCGAAUUUUCAAUUAUUGAUAUUUCAUCAUCAUAUAUGUGUAAUAAUUUAUAUAUAUAUAUAUAUAUAAGUUAAAUAGUUAAAGCAACACCAAUAUUUUUUAUAUCUAAAAAUUUAGUUUGAAUUAUGUAUGUAAUAGUGCUUACCAGUUUAAAUAAAAUUUCAAAUUUAUUUUA